AUGCACUCAAAAGACGACAUCUCUGGGUCAGGUAAACCCUCAGACCCAGACUACACCAACCCCGAGUUCUUCAAAACCACAUCAGGAGAUGAGUUCCAUUGUACGCGUGAACAGAAUACGCUCGACUGGGUCUUCAACCAUCCAGAGCUGCUCGUAUUCUGCAAAAGCAAGAAUAACGAGAUCAUGUGUUUAGAGGGAGACCCUGGGUGUGGAAAGUCUGUCUGCACCAAAUCCCUCGUCAGUGAGCACGUCUUCGAUGCUGAAGAUCGACUUGUAUGCGCUUGUUUCAUCACCAAAAAUUGCCCAGAGGAACAAACAGCUGCAAGGGCCCUGCAAUCCCUGCUGUACCAAAUUUUCACAGCACAUCCAGCACUACUGUCUAUCCACGCGAGUGAUAAGAUUAAAAAUGUUGGACGCUCGAUUUUGAGUUGUAAGGAAUCCUUGUGGGAUAUUCUCAUCUCGGUAAUAUCGGAUCCGGCGAUAGGCAAACAAAUCGUGCUGCUUAUAGAUGGCGUCGACGAAUCUGAUGACCCUUCGUGGUUUUUUUCCAAGAUCGAAAGCCUCUGGGUUGGCAUCAAGACGGAGAAAGAUGCCAGGGUGAAGCUGUUUUACACGGCCACCCUGGCAUCACUAAACAUCAAGCAACUCCGUGUUAUACAAAGUCAAGACUAUGUUAACAAUAUUAGUUUUGACUUGGAGGCGCUUUCUAAUUCAUAUUUGCAGAGUUGCAAUUUCUCGACCACCAAUAACCUCAACAUCUCCCAAGCGUUCGCCAUGCUCCGUCAACAAAACUCAAACUAUCUGGCCUUCAACCUAUUUCGACCCGAGAUAGAAAAGCAAAUAGUCGACAAACCAAGACCGCACCAAGUCAAGUUUCUGUCUUCGAUGCCCAAAACCCUGGACCAGGUAUACAACCGCCUGGUCAAAGAGUACGAUAGCGAUGACUUGUUCCGAGUGCUUUGUAUUGUGUUUGGAGCUGCGGAGCCUCUUAUACUUGAAGAGUUCAGUGUGGCGUUCGCCGUUAGCUCUGGUAUGGGCUACCACGGGGAUAUCCGGCAAAAGCAACCUCGCCAGUUCGACCAGUUCCUCGCCAAGACGUGUGGUCCCCUUGUCAAAGUCGUGGGUAACAAGGUGUACCUCACCCACGACAGUCUUAGGGACUACCUGCUUUGUGUCCGGAAGCAUGGACGGCCUGCGAAGUUCACCAACGUCAAAAAGGAGUGCCACAACGUCCUAUCUGCCGCAUGUGUUGCCUUUUUAAAUCUCAAGGAUGUUAAAUCAAACUGUGGGUAUACCGGUAAAAGCCUACCGACUUCGAAAAAAAGGAAACUCACAGGUUCCACCACCCCUGUCGAUUCCAUGUUCUUUUGCUUCUUCAAGUACACAGCACGAUACUGGCUUCAGCACUUCAGACAUGCAACAAAACAUACUUCAAAAGACAACGAGAUUCUACAAGACCUGUGUACACCUCAGAAAGUUGGUGAGAUUCCGCAUCUGCUGCAGAUGUGCCCGCCCCAUAACCGUGAAAUCACCAAGUUGGCAGCCGAAAUCAAGAAUCUCAUUCCCCAAAACUGUCUGACAGAGGAAAGCAAAACCAUUCUCUCCUUGUAUAUUGCCGCAUGGCUUGGUCUGGACGCUGUUCUCAAACAUAUGCUGCCGACACGAUGGGGUCAGAAGAUUCCUCCAGCACCGGGGACAAAUCUCGCUCAGACGUACAUUAACCGUGCCCCUCGCAAGGGAUAUCUCCCACCAUUGGGUAUAGCAACAAAAAACCGCCAUUUUGCCUCAGUUGAAUUGUUGCUCAAGGGAGAAACAGUGCCUCUCGAGUAUGAUAUGGCUCCACAUUUCUCACUACAACUCUCUGUGGACCUUGACUGGACAAGUCUUUUCCAGUACGCCUUUCAACUUCCUGACAAAGAAGGAGGAAAGGCAUCCUCUCGUAUUGAGAAGCAGUAUGCAGAUCAGUUGAAGGCUGCAGCAGCAAGUGGGAAGCUUGAAUACAUUGAAGGGCUACUCUCCAAAGGACCUAAACGCGAUGAAUUCAACCUCCAAUCGGUCUACAGCUCGACUCUCUACGCCGCCUUCGAUGCCGAUGAGCCAAAUAUCGGUAUCGUGGAGCAGCUCCUCGACCAUGGUGCUGAUGCUAAUUACAGGGCAAAAAAUCAAGAGACGAUUCUCGAGGCUGCUGCACAGCAUGAGGAGCCAAAAUUGGUCAUUGCGCUGCUCCGUGCUGGAGCUUCUCCUAAUAUUCAUUCAAACUGUGGGAAGCGCUGGUAUGAGUAUGAUGGUAUGGAGGAUGCUGCGAAAGAGGCGGGGUUUGAUAUCGUCAUGGAUUAA